AUGUCAAAUCAUAUCACUCAUAGAGUCGUCCCCGAUGUGUCAGGCCGAGUUUCCGAUAGUCCGUUAGUGACUCCGUUAGUCAGUCCGUCAGUCUUAUACACUGCACAGCAAGUAUACAUGCAUUAUGAUACAUUUUAUCCACCAAGGGGGCGAGUGUUUGCAGAAGAUCUGCAAGGAUUUGAAGCACCCCCCGACACGGUGGACCCGGUGGAUUGUUGGACCGCGCUCCUCAAGCUUCCAUGCAAGAUGCCAAAAAGGCGCUAA